GCUAGACAUAAACAAUGUCGUUAUGAGAUGUUUAACGUUUUGUGUUUUUAAUGUUUAUUGAGUAAAUUUAGAGGUUGUCACUCUGAAUAGAUUAAUAGACUUCUUCAGUAGCAAUAUUACCAAAUCAUCUAACAUAUAUUUAUUUUACUAGUAGAUCGUUUUAAAUAUGUAGAAACAAACACACGGUCCUUCACUAUGCCACUUCGCCAUUGCCGAGAGUGGUAGUAUGCAAUAUGACAAAUAUUUCCAUAAUGGAGCGGUCAGAAGGCUUGCCAUUCAUGCGUUAUCCAAGACCCAUUCCUAAACGUUAUGAAGAAACAAGAUCUCCUAUUAUACAGGACUUUACACAUCAGAGAAUACUUUGCUAUGGUUCUGAAAUACAGAAGAAAGUCAUAGAAAAGCAAGAAGAAGAAAAACAGAAUGUCUUGCGUAAGUCUGAAGAGGAAGUCUGGCAUCAUGCAGAAAGUGUUAAAAAUGAUGAAUUAAAAAAGCUAAGAGACCAGCUGAAAGCAGAACAUGAGAAAACUAUCAAGAAACUUCAGAAGGAAAAGGAGCAAGCUUUAAAGGAGGAGUCCCUAAAAGUGGAAAUGCAGAUGCAGAAGUUGGCCAUUCGUCAAGUGCAAGAAGAACGAAUUAAGGGGGAGGAGGCACUCGCCAAGGCUCUCAAACAUGCCGAGGAAGUUGCGGUUAAAGAGCUGCAUGAAGCCUGUUCUGCCAUUAAGAAGCAUGAGCGGGCGACUGCAGAAGCAUUUGUAACAAAUCUAGUGGAAAAGCAUACAAGAGAAAUGAUACAGUUGAGAAAAGACGCUAGUGAGGACAAGAAAAAUGCAAUUUUGCAAGUAAUAGAAACCAAAAAACGUGAGAAGGAGAAGGCGGUGAAAGCAGCCAGGCUCGAAGAACAGAAAAUAGCUGCCAAAAAUCUGCAAGAAUGCAAAACAUAUUUUGAAUCCAAACUGAAAAAAUUGGAAGAGAUUAUUUCAGAGAAAGAUGAAGAGAUUAAAAGGCGGGUGAAGGAGAUCGAGAAGAGCGAGUUUUUGAAGAAAGCCGUAGAGAAAAGCCUGCUGGAACUGAGAGUGGCAUACCAGGAAUACAUAGAGAGAACGAGCAAUCUCAACAGAGAGCUCACAGACAUCUUCCUGCCAUCGGUGUAUCUGGAUGAAGUGGAGAAAGAGGCGCUCAUUGACUAUGAAAAACUGCAGAACGCUGAAACAGUAGGUCAGCCCAGUGAUGGUGACAAAUCGCAGAAUGCCGAAACAGAUCAACUUGGUGACUAUGAAAAUUUCGAAAACACCGAUACAGCUGACCAGUAGUCCUAGCCAAACGUCCAGAUAGAAUUCCCUUCUGCAAUAAUUCUUUGAUUGGCUUACCAACUGCAUUUAUAAUAAUCAGGGUUCAAAUGUGGAGGAGUCUGUCCAAACCAGCAUCUGUGUAAUCGGAAUGCUGUGUAAAUGGACACAAUCUUCGUUCCGUCCAGCGACAGUUAAUUUAUCAUGUUCCUCCAUUCUAGAUAGGAAUUCAAGGACAAGAGUAACCUUUGUGUAACUGUUAGCACUGUAACACCUGUAGUUGGUUCAGUGUUACAGGUAGUUUUAUCAAUAUAAUGGCUUGAUAAACAGUGAUUUGCAACAUUUCCACUAUUGAGAUGACUACAGUGUGAUUCCAAUGGUGGGUGAAUAAAUGAUGUACACCUCCCGUCACUCUGCUGUCAAACUAGAUCAUCCAGAUAAAACAAAGUCCUUGCUAUUCUGUGGAGGCAAUAGAUUUCCAAAAUUAUCAUAAGUAAUCUUUCCUAUGAAUACUUUCCAAGUUUUACAAUGACAGAAUGAAAGCCACUAAUCCGAGUUAUUAGGCAGUGGAAAAUAACUUUCAUUUACUACAGCUUUUUACUGUUAACUUCAGGGCUUAAAAAUUUGUCUCCCACAGCAAUUUGUUAAAGAAUUGCCGUGGGUGAUACGGCCUACUAGUGGCAACUGAUCAUGCCUAUGAAAUUGUAUUUUUUUAAAGUGACAUUUACAGCAAAUAAAUAUGACUGAAAGGCUAUUUUGCUGUAUGUAAACAUAUUUCAAAUGUGCAACUGUUAAAUAUUGGCAGAUAAUGUACACCAGGUGUAUACAUUUUGCCAUUGUUGAGUUUUACUGACGGCACUUUUAUGCCGCCGUCUGUGAUGCUCUCUACCUACGGCAAUUUGUAUCAGUGUCAGUAAUUGCCGUCGUUAAGUUUAAGCCCUGUAACUUGCACACAAGUGAUAUUGCUUACAGCAUUCGAAAAAUAUAAAUUUUUAACAAAUCUAACAUUCCUGAUGUUUAUAAUUACUUUCAGAUGAAACCUUGAAACCUAGGUUCAGCAGCAUUAAAACUUGCAGCUGACCAGUAUGUUAUAUUGGGCGAAGGUUUACCUCAUUGUAUCCUGUGCAGCUGACCAGUAUGUUAUAUUUGGCGAAGGUUUACCUCACUGUAUCCUGUGCAGCUGACCAGUAUGUUAUAUUAGGCGAAGGUUUACCUCACUGUAUCCUGUAUCUUGGAGGUCGAAACUCCCCUCGCCAAUCUAAACACCCUUUGCAUAAUUUCCUGUAUUUGUCCUCUCAGUUUUUAUUUGCUACAGCUAGAAGUAUUCUGCUGUAAGCUAUCUGCAUUCUAUUAAGGAUUGUUUGUUAUUUCUUUUAUGUUCAUCGGGGUAUGAAAAAAACACUUUCUCACAUAAGUUUGCAGAUGAUAUUUUUUUUUUCAUACUCCGUCCAACGUAAAAGAAAUAACAGACAAUACUUAUAAUUAAAUUUGAAUCAUACUUGCUAAUAAUAACACUAAAAGUGCAUAUUUUAUUUUGAAUUAUUUUUUGUUCGUAAACAAUAACGCUAAAUAUGACAACUUGCCCAUAAAAAAUGACGAUGUAAUUUUUUUGUUCAUUGAGAAUUGAACAAACUCCUGUUGCUAUGUCUGGACCAAUGGGAUGACAUUAUAUUGUAAUGAAUAUAACAGAAAUUUUAUUAUUCUUAUCUAUCCUGCCAUAUGCUACUUGUAUCUUGCCAUAGACUAUUUGUAACCUGCCAUAAGCUAGUUGUAUCCGGCCAUAGCUAUUCUGCCAUAAACUAGUUACAUUCCAUAACAUUUUAUCCUGCCAGUUUGUAUCCCAUCAAUCUAACCAAGUAACUAAGUUGUAUUCUGUUAUAUUUACUAUCUGACCAUUGCUGUAAUUAACCUGAGGUUUUUUGCUUUUGGUUGUUUAUUUUUUUUUGUGUUGUCAUUAAUGGUUCUUAAAAAAUUCCAAACUGUAAUGACCACCAUUAAACUGUCCAUUACCACAAUACUAAAAUAGAUGGGUUUUAGCUGAACCUGCCUUAGGCCCAUUAUCUAGUAAUGUUUAUUGAUAAAGUGCACAUUACUGUUUCCAUAUACACUUUUUUGCAAGAGAAAAAAAAGUCAGUUGAUGAGCAGUUUUUUAUCUGAUAAGUUUUUUGCUGCUAAGUUCUGUCAUAAUGUGGAAUAUUCCCAGACAGAUUAAUUGAGAAGGUAAGUGUCCAGAACUGUUGUACUAAUUGUAUGGGGAAAUGGACAAUAAUUUUGAAAAGAGAGUUGUGAUGCUUACGACAGAACAACAAAUUAUGUUGACAAACAUAUUAUAACAGAAUUCUGUGCUUUAUAAUGUUGUAUGGAUUAGAGAAAUAAAACUAUAACCACCAACACAUGGAAGCAACUUUCUGUGGUAAAGGAUAUGGAUGACCUCGAUUGUAAGUACCAUACAGGUAUAAUAAGCAUUCUUAAACAGUGAUGAAUCAAAUGAAACAAAGUAAUGUGUAUAGGAAUCCACUUGUGAAAAUGUAAAUAUGGAAAUGCAUAUUUCCACUUAUGGUAUCAUGUGUGAGAAAUUGUAUUAAAAGAAAACGGGCCUUAGAGGCCACCCCUUGGUAUAUAGAUGGACCAUAUGCAUGUUUAAUACGCAUGUAGUUGACUGGAAUACAUGUAGGCUUAGCUUGGCUAGUCUUUUAACUCGGUCGGUAUUACCUUGUAAAUAAACAGGUCAGAUUUAGCUUAGUUGAUAGAGCAAUCACCUGAGGUGCCCGAGUCGGAGGAUUGUACUGUCUCAGUAGACCCAACCAGUGUCCAGUGACUGAUAUACACGUUAUCAAAGCCUGUGGCAUAUGCUGUCCUGUCUAUGGGAUGCAUAUAAAAGAUCCAUUGAUGCUAAUAAAAAAAUAUCUAUCUGGUUUUCUCUGAAGGCUAUGUUAUUAUUACUCAAAGUGCUUUAGGUGUUGUUAAAGAAACAUACUUUUAUUUAUUUAAAAAAAACUUUUUAAUUUGUAGAAAUUGUUUUUGUGAAUUUGUACCUAAAGUGGUCCAGAUACGUUACCAUUUUGUUACCAGUGUCCCUUAUCCUAAUAAGUCCUUUACAGACUGUAGAUUCAAUACUUAAAAACUAUAGUCACUGUUAUUAGCUUUAGAGACUAUUUUAGAACCGUUAUUAAAAGAUAAUGUAGUCACGGUUAUUGGUUUUAAAACAGUUGUUGAAUAUUAAAUAUGUUUUACACAUAUUGGUGCCCUUUUUGUGCUCUGAUAAUUAGUAUUUAAUAUUAUCAGAUGUAUUUAUUUCACUUUCCCUGAAACCAAAGACCAAGAACUGCGGCCAUUUAAGUUGACUUACUUCCUGUGAGUCAUUUGUUACAAGAACAAGAACUCUUGAUGAUAAAUACUUCACAAUCUAUUAGUUGCAAGCAGUGCAGCACUUUGGGUGACAGUGGUGCUCAACUAUUUAAUAUACGUUGUGUAUUACAUACAAGGAAAAUAUGUUGAAACAGUUUCAAUACACAGGUUUUACUAAAUAAAUAAUGUAUACGGUACUAGUAUAUUAAAGAUUCAUUUUUUUUAAAUAACUUUUCUUCCAACAAAUAUUUGCUAUUUUAAUUUAUCCAGUGUUUCUGCCAGAAAGAAAUUUCUGCUCAAAACUGGAUGGGUUUUUUAUGAUCCCUUUUAUCAUGCAGAACACAACCUUUAUAAACCAGGUACCUUGAAACCAGACUUUUUACUUAGUCCUGUGGGUGUCUGGUUUAGAAAGGUUUAAGAUACUGUUCACAUAUCCAUUAAUAUUACAAGCUGGCUUGCAUGGUUACGAAAGUUUUUUUUUUUUUUAGUACAUAUAGUCAAUAAUAGAAAACAUUGUUGCCAUUGUUACAUUUUCUUAUUACAUUUAGUCAGUAAUAAUAAACUGCAUUAUCAUGGUUACAUAUAUUUUCUUACUAACAUGGUGUGCAGUACAUGAUUAAAAGUGGGUUUCGUUUACUACAUAUAAUUAUAGCUUUAAUAAUAAACAAACUGCUGUGUCAUUACUAUAUUUUUUAUUAGAUAUCUGUAGGGGUUCAAAAACAGAUAUUUACACAUAAUAAAAUAUGUAUGUUUUAACAUUGCCAAAUAUAUAUAUAUACAUGUAUUGUAUUAGAAAUAAAUGUUUUCAGUGCA